AAAAAUAUAGUAAAUUGUUUAUGAAAAAUGGCGGCUGCUAUAUCACCAAAUAUUGGAUUUGGCAAAACCUUAGACGCAAAUCGUUAUGCAACGAAAAAAACAAUUGCCCAAGGAAUGCUUGAUAUAGCAUUAUUAACAGCAAAUGCAUCACAAUUAAAAUAUAUUUUACAAGUUGGUGAAAAACAUCAAUUUUAUACGCUAAUGUUAACAUUAAUUAUUGUUUCAAUUGUUUUACAAAUUUUGAUUGCAAUAAUUGGUGUAUUUCUGGGAUCAGCGCUAAAUAUAAAUAAAGAACACGAGCAAAAUAAAGCAAAUUGUGCAAAUAAUAUUGCAUUAAGUUUAACAGUUAUAACAGUUGCUGUAAAUGUUGUAAUCAGUGGUUUUGAUAUUAAAGAAAGUCAGUAUAUCAUGAAUUCGGAUACGUAAUUUUAAUUUAAGGUGAAAAAUUUCAAUUAUCUUUUUCUAACAAUGCCAGUAUGAAACAAUCAGAAAGAAAAUGUACUAUAUUUGUUAAUUCUUUCCCUAUCUUAAAAAGUACUCUGUAAUAAAGUAUUUGUUUAUUAUUGCAUUGUAAUUAAAAAUUAUUUCAGCCCAUCUGUCAAUCUUAAGGGCGAGUACACUACAUACGAGCAUUAAAAAUGACGUGGAUUGAUUUAAACGUACGUUUAUAGUAAUACAUUAUCUUCCUGUUAGAGCUGGCCACACUACCGCAUGUCAAUUACAAAAUUUGUUAAAAUCCUCGCCCGUCAUUUAUGACGCUCAUGUAUUCUCGGCCUAAAUCAGUAAAAUCUCAAUCAUUUCGCUAAAAAUAUCGAUACGCUAUAAAUAAUGUCAAAGACGCUGUCUAUAAAAUAGUACUAAAAUAGAAAAGUGAGGAUACCACUUCAAAUAACAUUGAACAAAUUACAUUGAAACAUAAAUUUCAUUUCGUUAAAAAACGAAAUUUUUGCAUGUCAAUAAAUAAAGAAAAAAUAAAUUGUAUACUGUGUAAUAAUGACUUUUGCUGAGUUUACAAAAAUACCAUGGUUUCUCUAUAUUUUACAUGAAUGUAAAAUGGCUUUAAAUAAAAUAAUAUAGAAUUAACUUAUUAAUA